AUGUCGCAACUCAACUACCGCACGAUCAACAUCGACCAGCUCGAUCCCGAGUCAUCGGCCAGCUUCCCCAUGGCAACCCUUUUGCCUGCCACCUUGCCUCAGCCCGAGACUUCCAGUGACGCGGCCAAUGUCGCGACCCAGGUGCGCCAGCUGCUGCGCGGCGGUGAUGCCGAGGGCGCGCUGCGCCACGCUCUGGACACAGCGCCGCUCGGCGGUGACGACCGCGCCAAGGAGGUGCAUCUUGCUACUGUGACCGAAGUUCUACAGGGUAUCCGGCAAGGCGAGAUGGCUCGUGUCCUGGAGGGUGUUUGUGGCGGAGACGGUGGGGCAGAGCGGGCAGACUGCCUGAUGAAAUACCUCUACAAAGGAAUGGCCUCGCACGCACCCAGUGGUGGUGCUCAAUCUCCGCGCAAGUCUGUCUCGCCGCAGAGCACAGGGUUCUCCCAAAUCCAGGGCCGGAACCUGGGUGAGGGCGGUGGUGGCCAGCAGAUGAGUGUCUUGCUCAAUUGGCAUGAAAAGCUGGUGGAGGUGGCAGGGACUGGAUCGAUUGUCCGGGUCAUGACAGACCGCCGGACGGUUUAA